GGGGUGACUCAGCCGCCUACGUCCUUCCCGUUCUCCUCCACACUGGAGAGGGCAGCAGAGCAGGACAGGGAGCAGGGACACAGCAGCAAGAACCUGCCAACCCAGGGGCUGCCCCAGCCAUGGAGCCUGGUGACCCACAGCGGAAAAGAGUCGCGGUUGUCGGCGGUGGUCUGGUGGGUGCAUUGAAUGCCUGCUUCCUUGCUAGACGAGGCUUCCAUGUUGAUGUUUAUGAAGCCAGAGAAGAUAUCCGGGUGUCCAGCUUUGCCCGGGGCAGGAGCAUUAACUUGGCCCUGUCCCACAGAGGACGCCAAGCCCUCCGAGCCGUGGGGAUGGAGGAGCAGAUUGUGUCCAAAGGCAUUCCCAUGCGAGCAAGAAGGAUACACACACCCUCGGGGAAGAAGUACUCUAUCCCCUAUGGGAAGAAGAACCAGUACAUUCUCUCUGUGGACAGAGCAAACUUAAACAGAGAGCUGCUCACAGCUGCUGAGAAGUACUCCAACACUAAACUGUACUUUGGACACAAGCUCCUGGGGUGCAACGCAGAGCUGGGGACGUUAACCAUAAAAAGGAGUGACCAGCAGCCAUUGGAAGUCACCUAUGAUCUCAUUGUGGGAUGUGAUGGAGCCUUCUCAACAGUCAGGAAGCAGUUCAUGAGGCAAACACGCUUUAACUACAGUCAUGAGUACAUUCCUCAUGGCUAUAUGGAGCUGACCAUCCCUCCCAAGGAUGGAGAUUUUGCCAUGGAACCAAACUACCUCCAUAUCUGGCCAAGAAACACCUUCAUGAUGAUUGCACUGCCCAACAUGGACAAGUCCUUCACCUGCACACUCUUCAUGCCCUUUGAGGAAUUUGAGAAGCUCACAACGGGGGAUCAAGUGCUGAGGUUUUUCCAGACCCACUUCCCAGACGCCAUCCCCCUCAUUGGAGAGCGAGAGCUGAAGCACGAUUACUUUUUGCUGCCAGCCCAGGCCAUGAUAUCUGUGAAGUGCUCCUCCUACCACCUGGCUUCCCGGUGCGUGCUGAUGGGAGAUGCCGCACAUGCUGUCGUGCCCUUCUACGGACAGGGCAUGAAUGCAGGCUUUGAGGAUUGUCUGGUCUUUGAUGAGUUAAUGGACCAGUUCCACAAUGACCUUGGUGCCUGCCUCCCUGAGUUCUCCAGGCUGAGGGUGCCAGAUGACCAUGCAAUCUCGGAUUUAGCCAUGUACAACUACAUAGAGAUGCGUGAGCACGUGAAUUCAACGUGGUUCAUCUUCCGGAAGCACGUGGACAACUUCCUCCAUACCCUCAUGCCUUCCACCAUCGUCCCCUUGUACACCAUGGUGACCUUCACCAGAAUUCGCUACCACGAGGCACUUCAGCGCUGGAAAUGGCAGAAAAAGAUAAUCGACCGAGGGCUCCUUGUGCUGGGGGCAGCAGGACUGGGUGGCACCUGCCUGCUCGUAAAGCGUCUGGCGCGGGACCUGGACUUCCACCUGGAGAACUUGUGGGACUGGUCCAAUUAUCUGAAGAGUAUUGGAAAUUUUCCCUUUGGCAAACAAGCGGCUUAAAAGGAAGAGGGAGCUCCUGGUUGUAAUAAAGGUGAAGGCAUGGGCUGGA